AUGCAGGCACAGAUCCGGCGAGUGGAUCUGCUCGACGAUCGGCGCUGGGAGUGGAGGCACCAGGUGGAGGAGGAGAUGCAAAAGAAGUGCCAAGGCUAUGAGCAACAGGUACAGGCCCUGGCUUCCAAGCUGCGCAGCCACCUCGCGGUGGAGGACACACUCAAGCAGCACCACCAGCGCUUGCAGAGGCUGGAGUCGGAGCUCCAGCGAAGCUCCUUUCACGAGGAGGUUCGCGAGAGUUUCGGUCAUGUCUGUGGGCGCCUUGAACUUCUUGAAGGGCGGUCAGAGGCCUUGGUGGACAAAGCGACAGCUGAUGCUCUACUUGAGCGCAGCUUAGCCACCAAAAGUGAUGAUUUCGUUUCCAGUUCCAUCUACGAAGUGCUCUCGAAGCGCUUGGAGGACUUGGGAGGGCGCAUUGAGGAAGCCUUGCAGGACUUGGGGUGCCGCCUCGCACUUUCAUGCGAGGCACUUGCAUCUGCCGUGUGGGAGUUCCUUUUUCUUGUUGCCAGCGUCGCCUUGGUCGGUCUGCAGCGUGGUUUCGUCGCAGAUGGCAUUCAGGCCACGCGGCAAACCACUCAAUCUUCGCACCUCACCGGAAGCGCCCGGCUUGAAGCCGUAGAAGAGGAAGCGUCGACCACGACCACAGCCUUCGACGGGCUGCUGCGCUUC